GCGGUGAGAAAGACAGAGAGAGAGCCAGCGAAGGACAUUUAGAGUGAGAUGGAGAGUGAGAAAGUCCGGUGUUAAAACCGGUUCACCUGAGAAGAUACAAGAGCCGGCGGCAAAGACAAACUUCAACUUUCAGUCAUGUCAAAUCCGGAAGUGAACAAACUUCUCCACAAGCUUGAGCUUGAAAAACUCUUGGGAAAAUCUGAGGUUAAAUCUAUCUGCGACAUCGAGCUCAUAUGCAAACAUCAACCUGAGCUUAGAUCUAAGAUCAUUGAUGUUCUUGUCAAAUACCUAAAUACUGAGAAACCGGUGGAGUCUGAUGCUGUGCAAGAGGUUUUUAUGGCGAUGUUUCAUCUAGAUAAAGAAGCAUCUUUGACUGCAAUGUUGAAGCAUCUUGCUGAUUUAAAGGUGCCCUAUUUUAAGGAGAGACCGUCAUUUAAUGAAUUGGCAUUAUAUAUAACCAAUUUAACGAAAAGACGUAUAUCGGAUAUACUAGAAAAGAGCCUACAAAAGGAAAGUGAAGCAGAACUGAAACGACUUGCAGAAUAUUUUGAAGUAAAGGCUGGUUUGGAUACAUUUGAUGUUUCAGAUGCAGACUAUGUUGACAGGUUUAUAUCAUGCCUGCUAAUGGCUGUUCCAUUCUUUGCGAGAGGUGCUCCAAGGAGCAAGUAUUUUGAGUUCGUGAACCGUCACCAUAUCUUGCAUGAUUUUGACAAGCUGUCAGAGCAUAGGAAGCUUGAUUUUCUCAGAGCUCUUGCUGAGAUUUCAUCUUUCACAACAAAUGAAGCAGCAGGCCAGAUGAUUCCCUCAAUAGUUGUCCUCUUAAAGAAAUACAUACCCGAGACAAAGAUGGAGGAAUUCAUAAGUAUCACAUAUAUUGAGUGCCUAUUAUAUGUGCUCCAUCAAUUAGCCAUUAAGGCUCCAGCUGCAGCAACACAAUGUUGCAACAAAGAAUUCAUGCUGAGAUUGGAUUGUGUUAGAUCUAUAACUCGGGCAAGAAUGAAGAUACUAGCCACAACCUUGCCUAAGGAUGAUGAAAAGGUUUUGGAAGCUGAGAGAUUUAGUGAGAAAGAUGUAUACGCGAUGCAACUUAAGUUCAAGUACGAAACAAGGAGGCAAAGUACGAAAACUGAGCUUCGGAGCUGCAAUAACGUACUGGCCAUUACAAAGUUAUUGAAGAAAAAAAAGCAUGGCUUUGUCAAACUUUCUUGGAAAGAAGCUAAGAAGGCAUUGUUAACAUCAUAUAGAGACAACUCAUGCCAGAGAGUCCCUAAAAGGUCUGACGCGCUUGACUCAGUUUCAAAGGAUUGUAGGCUAGUCCUAGAUGAAACAGGAAUAUGCAAUCUAGGCGAGAAGCAAGUUCAAAAUAUUCUGGGUUAUUCAAAUUGUCAAGAAGUUUCUGGUAAUCGAAGAGGUGCAUGUGUGUUAAAUGACAAUGGCUGCAUCGCUAUGCUCAGUUAUCAAAUGAGAAAACCGGACAUAUUCCUAACUAACGCUGGGAAAAAGGGUAUAUCGGGGGAGGUUAGACAUCAAUUUUAUCACCUUCUCUGCUGGAUCUACGCAGCCUCUGAUCUAGUCAGUUGCCAGAGGUUGGUACGAAAGUGGGAAAAAAGGUGGCUUCCUCUUUGUCCUUGGUAUCUCUGUGCGUUUUGCGAUCCUGCAAAACUUGGAAAGGAUGAGAGAGCUCAAGAACGGGAUAAGGAAGGUCGUGUACAUCACUGCUAUGGAGGCGAUAUAGAGAAAGCUUUAUGCCACGUUCAAUCUUAUGGAGUUCCAAGAGAACUUGUGAGCAAAUUUCUUUGUACAGAUCAUCAUCCACCAAGUGCAGAGGAACCUGACAUGGAAAGAAGAAAGCUUAUAAGUUCUCGAAAAAUCCACACUUGGAAGGAUGUUGUGCAGACGCUUCAAAAGCAGCAGUCAGUGGGGGCAGAUUUGCUUCAUUACACUGGAUUGAUGACACCAGGUGAGUUUAUUUACAGAGGUCCAAUGUCACGAAAUAGUUGGUUCGUCGGAUAUCACGCUGUAGUGAUAGAAGAGAUUAAAAAAAUGGGUCAAGAGUGGGUUGCUGUUUGCAAAAUGAGCAACGGGGAGGAAGUGGCUGAUUGUGGAUAUGCGUACGUAUCUCUAGAAGUCCAGUACAUUACUGUUGGUGCAUCCGAUCUGGGAAGCGACUUUGUUCGAGCUUCAAGAAAGCCAACCUAUCUCCUUUCCAAUUUCAUGAUCGUUGAGAUGGUUGAGGCCGAUGAAAAAGACAAAGAGGAUGCAGAGAGUGGGGAUGAAGAAGAACAAGAUAAAGAUACAAAAGAUACUGAAAAAAUGUCAAAGGAGAAACCAGAAAAAGAUCGAAAAGAAGAACCCGAAGAGAAAUAUACUCCUAAACCAAAAAGAAGUCGUACUGAAGAUCCAACAAUGCAGGUAAAGGAAUCUGAUGCAGUGGAUAUUAUCGAGGAUGCCAUUAUUCGCCAUAACUCAGAUUCGACUACAAAAGCGAUGGAAUUGGUUGCUCUACUGAAGCUGUCAUCUGGCUUUCCUUCUAUUUCAGAGAGAAUUAAAGACAUAAUUGUGAAGCAGAAAGGAAGCCUUCUCCUUGAAAUGCAGCAGAGAGCUAUUAAAAACAAAAACGCAGGGAAUGCGGUACUCUAUGAGUGUGUUGAAACAAUCAUGGCCAUUGAAGACACCAAUAGCUUGCGUGUGCUUGCUAUCAAUAUCUUGGGAAGAUUCUUAUCUAACCGCGACAAUAACAUCAGAUAUGUUGCAUUAAACAUGCUGAUGAAAGCAAUCACUUUCGAUGAUCAAGCAGUGCAAAGGCACCGAGUUACAAUUUUGGAAUGUGUUAAGGUAAUGGAAUCUGAUGCAGUGGACGUUAUCGAGGAUGCCAUUACUCGCCAUAACUCAGACUCGGCUACAAAAGCGAUGGCAUUGGUUGCUCUACUGAAGCUGUCAUCCCGCUUUCCUACUAUUUCAGAGAGAAUUAAAGACAUAAUUGUGAAGCAGAAAGGAAGCCUUCUCCUUGAAAUGCAGCAGAGAGCUAAUGAGUACAAUUAUAUAGUUGGCCGGCAUAAAAAUAUCAGGACUUCUCUGGUUGAGAGAAUGCGGGUACUGGAUGAGGCUACUUUCAAUGUGAGGAGGGCUGGCUCUUUUCCUGCAUCAAUGGCUAAGACUUCAGUUAGCCUUCCAAAUGGUGGUGAGAAACCUGCUGUGGACUUGCUAGAGCUGGAUUCUGACGAUAUCCUGGCUGCACAUAGUUCAUCUGGUGCAGAUUUCUUUCAGGGUCUUCUCGGUGUAGACUUAGGAUCAUCGUCAUCACAAUCUGGUGCAACCCAGGCUCCAAAAGCUGGCACAGAUCUGUUGCUGGAUAUUCUAUCAAUUGGAACACCUCCUGCACAAAACAGCACACCAUCUAUUGAUUUGUUAUCAACAUAUUCUGAACAGGAUACCCUUGUGCGAGUGGCGAUAUCGUGCAUUGGGGAAUAUGGUGAUCUGUUGGUUAACAAUGUGGGCAUGCUUGGUAUUGAAGAUCCAAAAACGGUAACGGAAUGUGAUGUAAGCUCGUUGCUUGCAUCAGUUUCAACAAUGUUCAAGCCUUCAGUUAGUACUCCAAAUGGUGUUGCCGCAGCUCCACUUGUUGACCUGGAUUCUGAGGAUAUAGUGGCUGCACCUAGCUCAUCUGGUGCAGAUUUCCUUUAGGAUCUUCUCGGUGUUGACUUAGGAUCAUGUCAGCACAAUCUGGAAAUCGACCUGCAAAGAUUCAUCAGUUUCUGAACAAAUCAAUUAAUUUGAAGUAUUCUCAUAGGGUGGUGUUGGCCGUUGUAGAGGCUACUGGUCAUUUUCUCUCAAAGGAUUCUCUCUGCCACUAUUGGUAUAAUAGAGUAUUUUUGUCUUUCUGCCCGUACAAGUUUUUGUUGGCAUUCAGGCUCCUUAUUAUCACUUGAUAAACAAAUUAAUCUCGAUGCAAUCUCUUUGGGUUUUCAAUUGGUCGUUAUGAUAUCUUCCUUGA